AUGAUUUUUCUCACAUCCCAGUCCCGAUGGAUAUCGAGAUCAGUUUUGCAACUAAAACCCCACGCAAGCUCUGCCCUUUUGAGGACAAGCAGAUGGCAACAGCGACUGCUCGCUACUCGCAAUGGAGAGCACCUACAAUCACGAUUAGACACCUCUGUAUUUACUAUACCGAAUAUAUUAACGAUGUCAAGAAUAGCAUGUGUUCCAUUCAUUGGGCAUUUUAUAUUGGUUGAUAAUUUAACUCCGGCUUUGACUUUAUUUGGUUACUCGUGUGUGACAGAUUUCUUAGAUGGGUAUAUUGCUAGAAAGUACAAGAUGAAAAGCGUCGCAGGUACUAUUCUGGAUCCUAUAGCAGACAAACUACUUAUGAUUGUGACGACAGUGGUCCUAAGUUUCGCGCCAGGCCCACAGUUAAUUCCCAUCCCCAUUGCGUUAUUAAUUCUUGGAAGAGAUAUAUCUUUGGGAUUCAGUGCUCUUUUCUUUCGCUACUCAUCUAUGAGACAAAAAUACAAGAAGAUCACUUGGAAGUCUUACUGGGACUUUUUCCACUUUCCAAGUGCCGAGGUCAAACCUACUCGGAUAUCAAAAUAUAAUACCUUUUUCCAGAUGAUUUAUCUGGGAUUUGGUGUAAUAAUAUUGAUUCUAAGAGAUGAUGACGAAGAAAACCAAAAGGAGUCUCAAAAAGAAAUAAGAGAGCAGCUGAUGAAGUGUUUUUCAUGGAUGGGGUAUUUUGUUGCAGCCACGACAGCAUUGAGUGGUGGGUCCUAUGUAUUUAAUAAAGAAUCCGUGAAAUUUCUCAAAAGAUAA